AUGAAUCAAACAUAUCAAACAAAUCAAAGCGAUGGUUCACAUAUUGCGUUCCAAUUACCAAGUUCAAAUCAGAUUAUUAAUUCGACUCAACCGAGUCACGGAAUAACAUCACAAGUAUCAAACCAGUUAUCGAAUCCAAAUAGGACUCUUGCGAAUUCAAGUUUUUUACCUCAGCAAACUAUGAAUUUAAACCAGACCAAUGGUUUUACUGUACGCUCAGCCGCACAAUUACAACUUGUUCCUACUGGACGCGCAUAUGGGCAACAAACUUAUGAGCCAGUGCACAAAUGCUAUCCCUGCGGUCAUGUUCAUUCUUGUCAAGAUUGCAAUCGUGUAUUGCUUUUUCGUCAAGCUUUAGGGCCACAAAAAACGAAAUUCUUUGAACCGAUGAUCCUAAGCAAUUCCAAAUCUAUUGGUAGAAAAUAUCGAAGGAUGGAGAUUGAACCUUAUUUUCGCAGAAACGUACCCAAAAACGUGGGAAUUUCACAAGAUGAAAUUUUAGAGCGCACUCUCGCUAAUCCAAGUCUCAGCAUUGUAGACAUUGUUAACCAGAUCGCCGUUGAAAAUGAUGAAGCCCGUGAGAGGGCCUUGCUAGCAGGUGAUUCUAUGUACCAUAGUAUGAGGCAAAAUAAAUAUCAGGAUGAAACAAAUAUUCAUGAUGAAGGACCGAGCAUUUUGACACAGCGGGGCAUGCCAUCAACCCGUACUGAAAUUGCUACACAAACUUCACAAAAUAUACAUGCUAAUCAGACUAGUGAGGUAGCGACGACUUCUUUGUCAGCUCAACAAUCCACCACCCAAGAACCUGUUGUCAGUUCUCAGACUUCUACGACACACUCGACCGCAUCUGGCGCACAAUUUACACUUAUCGAUCCUUCAUUAGGGUUUAAAAAAGCCACUAUUAAAUAUGCUUUGCCCAAGAAACCUGACACUGCAUCAUUACAACUUAAAUUACCAAGAGAACAUGAUAUUUCAAAUAUUAUUAAAAGAAUCAACGAAUUAAUAUAUGAUAAACUUCCUAUUAAUAUUUUAGGUACAUCUAAAAUCAUUAUGGUUUGGUUUGUUAUGUAG